AUGCAGUGUGGGAAUGACUACACUGUGACUGUUCUGGCAGGGGACACAAAGUGCAACAGCUCCAUAUUUGCUAAAACCAACAUUACAACAGCUCCCUGUGCUCCAAUAAUCCAAGACCACUCACUCAACUGUAGCUCCAACCAAGCUUUGGUGACCUGGAUUAAGGAUGAGGAUGCCAUGACUGUCAUGGUCAAUGCAACCUCCAGUAUGGGAUACUUGCAGUCGUGCAGCUCAUCCUCCAACAACAGCUGUGUCCUGGAUCUGCUGUGUGGAAACACUUAUACUGUAAAGGCUGUCGCAAAAGGACCUCAGUGUCAGAGUAAACCCAGCUCUGCUUUUCAGAUUGUUACAGCACCCUGUACCCCUGCAAACGUGGAGUACCAAUACUCCUGUGACACUGGCAUUGCUUUUGUGAGAUGGGAUGAGACUUUGGGCAGGAAGAGCUUCUAUGUGCAUGCUCAGUCUGGAAAUUUCACAGCCUCCUGCAGCACCAGCCAGACUGACUGUUCCCUGCCCACGCUGCUUUGUAGUCUCACAUACAGUGUAAAAGUAGUAGCUCUGGCUGACUACUGCAACAGCAGCGUGCCCGGUGUAACGACUAUACAGACAGCCCCUUGUGCUCCAGUGAACGUCAGUGCUUCCCUGCUGUGUGACAACAACACUGCGGCAGUGAGCUGGCAACGCAGUCCUAGUGCAGUGUCCUACAGUGUGAAGGCAGUUGGCAGAGACGGCGACCUCAAACAAUGCACCACAAACAGCACAAGUUGCCUGCUACCCAACAUGCACUGCGCUCAAACCUACAUUAUCACUGUCACUCCCUUCUCUAUGCGCUGCAAAGGCAGAGAGAGUUUCCCAUACACCUACAAUGCAGGUUCCUGCCCUCCCACCAACGUCCACAUGUCUCUGCAGUGCGAUGGUAAUGUGGGCCAUGUGACCUGGGACCCUUCCCUCCGAGCAGAUUUCUACUUGGCCACAACCGCACCUUCUCUCACGGACAAACACAUCCACAACUGCUCAUCCAAUGGAACAAGCUGCUCCCUUACAGACCUCCACUGCGGAGAAACAGUCAUUGUCACUGUUGUGACCAUAGAGAGAGGCUGCACGAGCCAACCCAGCGUACCAUUCACCUUACAAACAGUCAUCUGCCCACCCACUGGUGUGACUGGAGUGACGAAUUGCAGAAACAAUGACAUCACAGUAAGCUGGGACCCAAGUCCAGAAAGUGGAGUGACCUACUUCAUCUACUCCCAAGGAGACAGUGGGGCUGCUUACAACUACUCCACAACUCAGACUUUCUAUGUGAUGAAUGGGCUGCAGUGUGGACAGGCAUAUAUGCUCUCAGUGGCUGCCCAGGACUCUGACUGCACCAGUGUCUUGAGCAAGCAGAUAGAAACUGAGACAGUUCCAUGUCCUCCAACCAACCUGACUGUCAAAACUGAAUGUGCCACCAACUUGGCAAUUCUGAAGUGGGCACCAACCCCUUGUCUGCCUGACAGGGUACAAGCAGAGCUGGACUGCAAUGCUAACACCUUUGCAGUGCAGUGGAGGGGAAGCCUUGGGGACAUUGAUUACACUGCAAUCGCCAUCGGCAGCGACAAGACACGGAGAACUUGCAACUCUAGUAGCACCAACUGCGUCAUCCAGAACCUAACUUGUGGCCUCAUUUACAGCAUUGUUGUCACUACCUCGUCAAUCGACUGUGGCUUCAUUGAAGGCUCCAACUAUGAGAUACAGUCAGCCCCCUGUAAGCCAAACAGCGUAAUGGUGAAUUUGCAGUGCAGAACAAACAUGGCGACUGUCAGCUGGGCAAACUCAGGCCCAGACCAAAUGCAGGUGGUGUCAGCGAGGGACAGCAGAGGAACAGUCACCACCUGCAACUCCACCAGCUCCAACUGCACCUUCAGUCAACUUAAGUGCGGGGAGAUAUAUGGCAUCAGUGUGGUCGGUCUCACAAACAACUGCACCAGUGAACUGGCUUUUGCCCAAAGGCUCAACACGGGAAUAAACUAUAUCACACUGAUCCAUACACUUACCUGUUUCUGUCCUCCAUCAGCUCCAUGCGUUCCCACACACGUCACAGCAAGGGUGGACUGCAACACCGGCAUCACUGUGGUCACAUGGGAUGCUGCGCUGGGUGCCACAUCUUACACCGUCUAUGCUCGGGGCAGUCUGGGCUACAACGCUCAGUGUAACAACACCGACACCAACUGUGACUUCCUUAACCUGGCCUGUGGACAAGACUACAACAUCACAGUGGUGGCCCGCCAUAACACCUGUGUCAGCAUGGUCAGUGAGACUGUCACGGCCACCACAGGUCCUUGUCCCCACAGUGGUCUGAGAACAUCCCUGGACUGCAGCACCAAUAGAGCUGUGUUAUCUUGGACUACAGGAAUUGGCAUCCUCUACUACAAUGCCACAGCUGAAGCCUUCGGCUCCAUAGACAAGCAGACCUGCUCUACAAACGCCUCCUCCUGUAAUAUCAGUUCUCUGCAGUGUGGGGAAAGCUACAAAGUGAGCGUCAGUGGGCAGGGACUAUACUGCACCAGUCCUGCUCAGGACUGGCAGAGAGUGAACACAGCUCCCUGCCCUCCCACCCAGCUGAUGGUGAACUCUUCAUGCAAAUCAAACAACAUCUCAGUGUCCUGGCAGGCCUCUCAAGGCUCAGUCUCCUACAUGGCUGUGGCUGAAAAUGAACAGGGACGCCGGUGGUCGUGUAACACCAGCAGCACCAGCUGCCAAAUAUCUGGUCUGCUCUGUGGGCAACAGUACAAUGUCUACGUUGUCGGUAUUGAUGACAAGUGUACUGGAGCCAAGAGUGACACGAAAAAGAUUCGCACUGCUCCGUGUGUGCCACAGAACAUACAGAACCAUCUGGACUGCCUGUCUGGUGUCCUGAACAUUACCUGGCAGUCGACAGGUUACUUUUUGAACUUCCGCGCCUCCGUGGUGAACAGCAAAGGUCAAAUGAGUGUUUGCACAACUCCUACGCAUUACUGCGUUGUACAGAACAUGCAGUGUGGGCAGACCUACAACGUUACAGUGGUGGCCCAAGAUGAAGCUUGCAACAGUUCCCAGAGCCCCACAGAGCAGGUCUCUACAGCUCCCUGCGCUCCCUCAUCCUUCCUUUCUAAUGUGAACUGUGGCACCGGCGUCGUAUCUGUCACCUGGAACAAUAGUGUGGCAGGGGUGAUGUAUACAGUGUCUGCUGCAGAUGCCAAAGGUGCCAGACACAACUGCAGUAGCACAAACAGCGGCUGUAAUCUCAGUACGCUGGCGUGCGGGACGCAGUACAAUGUCACAAUCACACCAUCCAGGAAUGAAUGUGUGGGCAAAGGCAGCCAAACAAAAAUGGUCAAAACAGUUCCCUGUGUACCCCAGCUGUCAGACGUGGAGAUCGACUGCUUGACGAACUCAGCGUGGGUGAUGUAUAAUGAGUCUGCCGGGGCCAAAGAAUAUGUUGUGGUGGCAACAGACACCCGGGGUGCUGUUCAGACAUUUGACUGCAACUCCACAUCAGAUGGGAUGUGUUCUCUGCCACCGCUUACAUGCAGCCAGAAUCUCACCAUUACCCUGAAGGCCAAGGACCAGCAGUGCACCAGUGCACCCAGCAACUCUGUCAAAACCGAGACAGCUCCCUGCCCUCCUAAUGACGUAAAGGAAUUGGUGAACUGCAACAACGGAACAGUCACAAUUACCUGGUCGGCUGUCUCAGGCGCUUUAACGUACACGGCCACGCUGGAAGACGUGUACGGAGACAGUACCACGUGCUGCACUACAUCAAACACUAGCUGCGAUGUCACACAUCUGCCAUGCGGCGAAAUUUACAUCGUGCACGUCAUGGCUGAGGGACGAACCUGCAACAGCUCAGAGAGCGAACAGCUCAUGUUUAGGACAGUGCCAUGCGUUCCUGAGAAUCUCAAAGCCAGCUUGAGCUGCAGCAACAAUGUGGCUUCCAUGUCAUGGAGCUCUAUAAAGGAAGGACAGCUUUUCAGUGUAAAGGCAGUGGGUACUGACGGGCACGUGGACGAGUGCAGGGUUCCUGACAAGCAGUGUGAACUGACCAAUCUGCACUGUGGACAGUACUACACAGCCACUGUGUCUGCAGAGGACAUGACGUGCAAGAGCAAACCGAGUGAGAAUGUGACGAUCAAGACAGUGCCGUGCACUCCAGCAAACGUCUCCUCUGUGGUCGACUGUCAGGCCAAUUCUCUCAUCGUUUCCUGGUCAAAAAGCUCAGGAGCCGAUUCCUACAUCGCCACACUGCACGACAGCAACAAUCAGGGCACAACAUGCCAGGCCACAACAGAGGGCUCCUGCAAUGUGACAGGACUCGGCUGUGGACAGAUCUACCAUGUUUCCGUAGUGUCUUCUGAUGGGUACUGCAACAGCCCGCCCACUCCUGUCGUUGACACACCAUCAGUGCCCUGUAAUGCAAUAAAUAUCAGGGCAUAUAUGGACUGCGAGAAUAGGACAGCUGUGGUUUCAUGGUGGCCGAGUGAUGGAGCCUUUUCAUACAUCGCGAUGGCCAGUACAAAGUCAGGUCACAACGUCACCUGUGAAACCAACAUGACCUACUGUGACCUGACAGAGCUGCUCUGUGGACAGAGCUACUCCGUGUCUGUCAAAGCUAUAGGAAAGACCUGCAGCAGCAUCGCUAAAAUGACAGGACAGCUGGUCACUGAGCCUUGCAUCCCGAUCCACAUCACCACCCAGUACAGCGUGACAAUCGGCCAGGUACAGUGGGACAUGACCAAGGGUGCUAAUUACUACACAGUCACGGGGCAAACAGACCAGGGACUCACCACCUCCUGUGUUACCAGUGACACUUACUGUGCAUUGUACAACAUGAACUGUGGCCAAAUGUACAGCAUCGUCGUAACAGCAAACAACUUUGUGUGCCAAAAUGUGUCUGCCUCUAUUGAACAAGUUUUAAUUGUGACAGAGCCGUGCCCGCCCAAUAACGUGCAGACAAAUGUUAACUGUCAGAAUAACCAGGGGAUCGUCUCCUGGGAGACAAGUUUUGGUGCAGUGUGUUACGAGGCUCGCUUUGCUGGCCGUGACGGACACUCGCUGUCCUGCCACACUAACGCCACUUCCUGCAGCGUGGAGGGACUUCACUGUGGAGUCAUCUACCACACUAAUGUCAUUGCUAUUGGGGAGAAACUCAACAGCAGCAGGUCCAACACUGUCCUGCUGUAUUCAGCUCCCUGCGCAGUUGGAAAGUGCACAGCUAACCUGGACUGCUACAAUGACACAGCCACAGUCUCCUGGAGUCCAGUCAGUGGAGCAAACUCCUACAUGGUGACUGCUGUUUCAGCAGAUGGUUCCCGCGCUUCCUGUGAGAGUACUGAACAUCAGUGUAAUCUGACAGAGCUGGAGUGUGGACAGGUGUACAACGUCACUCUCGUAACCAUCAGCGACCACUGCCAGACUGAGAAAAGCACUAAUGUCACCUUAAGCACACGCCCCUGUAAGCCAUUACGUGUGGGAGUGGAUCUACAGUGUGGGACAAGUACAGCCAACAUGUAUUGGGAGGAAAGCGCGGGAGUGGAGCUCUACAUGGCUACUGCCAUCAACAUGGGAACAACACUGAAGUGCAACUCCACCAAUUCCACCUGCCAGUUCUCUAACUUGGCCUGUGGGGAGACCUAUAAACUCUCUGUCAUUGCAUACAGCAACAGGUGCUACAGUGAAAUCAGUAGCACUGUGGAGAUUCAGACAGAACCCUGCAAGCCAGCUGGUUUGAGAGUCCGUGGGUCAUGUAACAAUGAGACGGUGCUGCUGUACUGGUCUAAGGCUAAAGGGGCAUCGGCAUAUAUUGUGGCAGCAGACGGAAACCUGGGAUACAGCACGUCUUUACAAACUAAUAACACAAUGAUAGAGACCAACCUGCCCUGUGGACAGCUGUUCACAUUUACUGUAAUAGCUCAAGAUGACCGGUGUGACAGUCCUACAAGCCUGCCUGAAAAAUACAUGACAACCCCCUGCGUCCCGGCACAUGUACAGAGCUUUACACGCUGUGAGAACAGCCUGGGCUCAGUCAGCUGGGCCGCGAGCGAUGGAGCAGAGUCCUACAUGGCCAUUGCAACGGGACAAGAUCGCCACGUCCACACGUGCACCACAAACAACACCAUCUGCACCUGGAAAGAUCUACACUGUGGUGAAAAGUACACAGUUUAUGUCGUUGCCAUGGACUACAUGUGCACCAGCGUGCCGAGCAACAGCACUUCAAUUCGGAUGGCACCAUGCAUACCUCAGAAUCUGACAUCAUCUCUUAACUGUACGACAAAGGUGGGAUCGCUGGCCUGGAAUGCCAGUGAAACUGCAGAGUUUUACAUCGUGACUGCAGAGAACAACAGUGGCCACAAAGUGCAGCUCAGUACCAAUGAUACCUGGACUUACAUUUCUGAGUUCCACUGUGGUCAGGAAUACUUCCUGUCCGUUCAGGCGGCAGAUUCAGUGUGCACAAGCCGCCCCAGCCCACCUUUAAAUCUUACAUCAGAGCCCUGUUCACCCACCGGUAUCUCCAGCUUCAUGAACUGCAUCUCCAACAUUGCUGUGGUGUCGUGGACUGGCUCGGCUGGGGCAGAGUACUACAUUGCCAAAGUUAGGACGGAAGAUGGACAGUCCUCGAGCUGCUGGUCUGACAGCGAGCAAUGUGCCAUGCCCAAUGUCCUCUGCGGACAGAACUACACAGUGACUGUGGUGGCCUCAAACAUGAAGUGUAACUCUGAUCCCAGUAAAGGUGACCCACUGCAAUCAGUUCCUUGUGUUCCGACUAAUGUGGAAGUGAAGAUGGUUUGCUCCAAAAAUCAGGCUGUUGUGUCCUGGAGUGCUAGCAGUGGGGCUCUUUCUUACAAAGUGACAGCACAGAGCACACUGGCAGUGAUGUCCAUCUGCCAGACUGCAGGCCUAAGGUGCACUUUGACCAAUCUGACGUGCGGACAGGACUAUUCUGUCCAGGUGGUGGCAGAGGAUGAUACCUGCUCAAGUCUGCCCAGCCCAGCUAUAACUUUCCACUCAGUUCCCUGCACACCCAACAUUGGCACAGUGAUUCUGGACUGCUUCACCAACUCGGCCCUCUUGGACUGGGCCUACGCUGAGGGUGCCUUGUAUUACAACGCAACAGCACAGUCAUCCAGUGGCCAUGUUUCCACCUGCAGCUCCAACAUCACCAACUGUGAGCUGUCAGACUUACAGUGUGGUCAGAUCUAUGACGUGAUCACUGUGGCCUCAAAUUAUGAGUGCAGCAGCCCUCCCAGCUCCAAACUCCAGGUGGAAUCAGUGCCUUGUCCUCCCGAGGAUGUUGUGCAUGUACUGGAUUGCUCCACUAACACAGCUGUGGUGGAAUGGCAGGCCAGCAGAGGGGCGGACUACUACAUUGUCCAAGCCGUCGGCGUGGAAGAAGAUGAAACAAGUUGCGAGACAAUGUCACAGUCCUGCAUCCUCGCAGACCUCUUAUGUGGCUUCACCUACAACAUCAGCGUGAUUGCUGUUAAUGACGUGUGCAAUGUGUCAAAGAGUGACACAGAGCAGAUGCAAGCAGUGCCCUGCAUACCUCAGCUAGUGGAGGCCGGGGUUGUUUGUGAGUCUGGUGCUGUGGCAGUGUCUUGGGAGCCAAGUAAAGGAGCAUUAUCCUACACGGUAGUAGCCCACGGCCGCGGUGGCUACGCUUCAGUUUGCAACAGCAACGGCUCAACCUGCCUGCUCAGUGACCUGCUGUGCGGCCUCAACUACUCGAUCACUGUUACUGCUUCAGAUGACACAUGCAGCAGCACUGAAAGCUCUGCUGUGGAGAUCAACACGGUGCCAUGUGUGCCUCAGAAAGUAAGAGCUGAGAUGGUGUGCAGGAAUGACACAGGAGUGGUAUCAUGGGAAGAAGGGGAGGGUGUGUCCAUCUACAAGGUCCAGGCUUUUGGACCCGAUGGUCACAAGUCAGAGUGCGACACAACUAAAAGCAGCUGCAAGCUACCCAACAUGCACUGUGGCCAGCUCUACAACCUGACAGUUACAGCUCAGGAUGGACGCUGUGAUAACAGCCAAGCCCACCUCAGCCUGCAGUCAGUGCCCUGUAAGCCAACCAGCGUGAAAGCUUCUCUACGAUGCCACUCAAACUCUGCUGCAGUGACAUGGGAGGGGGCCAGCGGAGCUCUCCUAUAUACUGCAGUGGGUGUUACAGCAGAUGGCCGUUACAGGGCUAAGUGUAACAACACUAUGACCUUCUGUGAUCUGAGUGAGCUGCAGUGUGGGCAGACCUACAAUGUUAGCGUGUUCAGCCAGGAUGAGUCCUGUUCCAGUUUGGAGGGCAACAAAGCUUACGUACGAACAGCACCUUGUCCACCACAGAAUGUGGUUGUUGGUGCACAAUGCGGAGCAGGUUCCAUGGUUGUGUCCUGGUCCCCCAACCCUGAUGCCCAGUACUUCCACGUGGCUGCAGUGAGCAACACUGGGGCGAGACUCUACUGUAACUCUACUGGAAAUAGCUGCACUAUAAAUAAUCUGCCCUGUGGACAGAGCUACAACAUCACUGUGCUGUCUAUAAGAGAUGGUUGCCAGAGCAAACCGAGCGCUGUGGUGGAGACUUCUUCAGCUCCUUGCAUACCCAGGAACUUUAAGGGUAGUCUGGACUGCAUAUCAAACAGUGCCUGGGUGACGUGGGACGACUCGAUGGGAGCAACCAGUUACUUUGUGCUGGCCCGAGCAGCCAAUGGUCACAACUCCACCUGCACUACCACCUCAUCUCCCUGUAAAGUCCAGGAUUUGAACUGUGGGACACUUUACACCUUUAAGGUCAAGGCUAUCAACAAGCACUGCAGCAGUAUUGACAAUGCCACCUUUGAGCUUGAGACAGGUCCUUGCGCUUUAACAUCCAUCAGUGCAAUGAGCCAAUGCAACAGUGACACCAUCCUAGUUGAAUGGAAGCUGACUGCAGGGACGCCAGUCUAUGUGGUCACAGCUGAAGGCGAUGACAACUCUGUUGUUACCUGUAACAGUACCUCCACUUCAUGUGUACUCCAGAAUGUUCGCUGCGGCAUGCACUACAGCGUCAUAGUAGCAACUUCCUCUGAUAAGUGCAGCAGCCUCAGAAGCCCUCCAAAGAAGAUCCAAACAGCACCUUGCGUCCCAGCCAAUGUGACAGUGGUGCCAUCGUGCAAGGACGCUGGGGCCAAAGUGAGAUGGGCGGACUCUCUGGUGCCCACAUCAUACCGGCUGAUAGCCACAGCUCGAGAUGGACACGUGGCAACCUGCAACACCUCAGUGAACAACUGCUCUUUGGUUGAUCUUCACUGUGGACAGCUGUACAAUUUAAGCAUCACUGCCAGAGGGGAGAAUUGCACCAGCUAUCCCAGCAGUUCAUCCUUUAAAACAGUGCCCUGUGCACCCUCUGAUAUCGCAGUGGAUAUUGACUGUCAGACCAACUCGGCUGCCAUGUCGUGGAACAAAAGCACGGGUGCUGUGGAGUAUUUUAGCUUUGCACAAUCCACGAAUGGAGCCGCCCUCUUCUGUAACAGCAGCAAUCCUUCCUGCACCUUCAAAGGGCUGGAGUGCGGUGGCCUUUACAAUUUCUCUGUGACAGCCUCUAACAGCAUCUGCAACAGCUCAUUCAGCUCACCUCUGCAGGCCGGAGCAGUCCCGUGCCCUCCUUCUCGUGUGAAUGUCCGUAUGCAGAGGAUAGACAGGCUAUACUGGGCCAUGAUAUCAUGGAACAAAGUUACGUGUCCAAAUGUUGAUUAUUUGGCGGAAAUCAGCGGUCAGAUUGAAAACAACCCACAAGCCUUGAUGACUGUCUCUUCUUAUUGGCUACCCAGGCCAUACUUUGAAUUCCCAGUUCCUUGUAGCACUGCUUUUAACAUCACAGUGCGUGCCAAGAACUCAGCAGGUAUCGGCAAGCCAUCGAGUCUCAUUACUGCACUAACAGCCCCGUGUGCUCCACAGAGUGUGAUGUACACUGGCAACAGGCAGUCUGCUGUCCUGUUCUGGAAUGCUUCAGUGUUUGCUACGAGUUACACGGUCUACAACGUAUCGAGAGGAACCCGUGUAAAACUAUGCAACACCACCGGACUUUCCUGCCAGCUGACCAACUUCGAUCCUAAUGUCACUAUAGUGACGGCUAGCAAUGCUGUAGGGGAGAGCAAUCCCAGCCAAAACAUUACAGGUCCAGUGACAACUCGCAGAAGAAGAGACCUGCAAUUUGUUCAGUUCUAUGCCAGUUUAGAAGAGGAUCUUGAAAUCCCAGAGGUGCUGACAUUAACAGUAAGUGGAGUUUCUUUGCAUGUGAGUUGGACGACGGUGACGGGUGCAACCGAGUACACACUUAUCAUUGAGGAGGAGCAGACAGAGGGAAAAGCCAGCAAGCCGGCGAGAGUUCGAAGAGUGGAAGGUGACUCUUACACAGAGACUGAUCUCAAACCCCAGACCACCUACUGCAUCAGGGUGGCAGCCAAAAAUGCCAUCAACCAAAGCAGCUACUCCCAAUCCAAGUGCAGAAACACUGAUGCUCUAGUGGGCUCUUAGUGACACACACACACACACAUGCACGCAUACACACAAAUUCACUUAAAUAGACACUGGACUAAAGAGAAAUACUAUCAUAUGCCACUUUGUAGCAUCCAUAACACAACUCAUGCUGGUUUGAUCGUACACAUACUUUAGGAAGAUAAUUGUAAAAAGGAAGUAAUCACGCAUACAAAGUCAUGAUAAAAUUAUGUUUCUUAAAUGUCACAAAGAGAUGAUGAUCAAACCUAACAAGCACUUAUAGAUUCAAUGCUUCUGAAUUUUCUGUGGGAAUAGUUUGUAUAUUUGCAUAAAUGUAGCGCUGCUGAAAUUAUACAGUAUUUAUCAAAAACAUGCUUAUAUUUUUGGGAUAGGUUAUUCGAUUCUCUGCAUGAUUGAUGAAAAAUGUAGUGUAAACAAAUUAAAUGGUAAUUUAUAAAGCUAUAUUUGUAAAGCCAUGCAGUGUCUGAUCUUUUUGAUGUACUAUGUGACUUCUCAUAUUGUAAACAUGCCGACAGAUGCUUUUGAACAAUCCCAGAAAUUAAGGAAUAAAAAAAGGAUGAAA